UCAACAUGAGCGACGCAGACUGGAUCCCAGUUUUCGUCACUGCACCAGUCAUCGACACAGUUCUGAGACACGGCCAGACAGCGUGCGAGACAGACGAAGUUUUCAUCAACAGAUGGGUCCUUGUUCAAAGUCCUGAUCAAUCGACAUUCCACAAGCCAACCGAGCCUCCCGUACAGCCCUUCCAGAGCGGCUUCUUAGACUUCUCGACCAGAGACCUGCAAGAUCAUGUCUCGUCAAACUUCGGUGAGAGCGGUCUCGGAUCCAAUGGCUCUGCGGACUGGAUUGCUCAUGAUGCUUUCGCUGUGAUUGAUGUGCGCACUGCCAAAGAUCUCUCCAUUGCCUUCUGGGUUCGGGAANAAGUCGAUGCCCUCGAGGAAGCAGAUGUUCGCGUCACUUGGAACAAGGGUCAAGGCUUCAUCCGUGUUUUUGGAAGCGACACGAAUGCUGACAAAAUUCUCNUAGGCACAGCUCUAGACCGCCUUCUGGUUGACUACAAUGAGGGAGAAAAUCUUUCGGAUGAAGAUACCCACUUCCUUNUUCAGAACCUUCGCGACGGUUCAGGCAACUUGAUAGUCAGUCCCGGAUACACUGACCUCAAAUCCGGCAUGGGCCAGAUGAACAAGUGGAUUGAAGUUGAACACGAUGGUGGCCGCUUGACCUGGAUGGAAGUCAGAAUGGCAUCUGCAAACGCCAUUGCAUGUACCUACGGCAUCUGGAACAUCGGUGUCGUAGGAUCACUCACUCAGGCGAAGGACAUGUACUUAAGUACU